UGUAGAGAGAGAGAGAGAGAGAAUAUUUAUGAUUGUAAAUUUGUAAUUAGUAGUAGUAAAACAUCAAACCCUAAGUCCCGCGCCCCGUGCCUAAUGACAUGUUUUGGAGAUAUUAAACGCACCCACUUUCCAAGACUUCUUGUUUAAUUAAUUAAAUAUAAAACGGAUUAGUAUUUAUUUAUUUCUUAUUUUUUUAUUAUUAUUAAUUUUCCCACCCACUGCAACUAUAGAGAAUUGCCAAAAGUUCGAUUUAAUUAUACUAUUUUUACAGUGGUGGCGGACUCGAGAUUUAUUACUCCAACGACGAGUUUGAAUUUUCUUGCCAGAUCUCCUACUAAUUAAUAGUGUUCUCGAUGGGAUCUUCUAAUUGGUUGGUUAAUUUUUUUAUUUUUCUUUUUUUGGUGUUCAAAUAUUUUAUUUAUGUAUUUUAUAUACAAUAUUUUAAAUUAUGAGUGAUCAGAUCUUUGCUUAUGUUCUUGUUCAAAGAUCAUGAAGUGAAAUUGAAGGCAUACUCGUUGACUCUUUAGUUGACUAAAAUUGGAGCUGGGCGGGGAAUAUAAUGAUUCAAAUACUUUUGAGUUGAAUAGUUUGAAAAAAUCGUAGCAUGUGGAAACUAGAAAUAGAUCGAGUUAUUGUGAAUCUUGAUUUUUAUUUGAUAAUAGAAAAAUAGUGAAGUUUUUUGCAAUUAGAUAAACAUAAAGGUGGCCACUGCGCUAAAUCCGGACUCAAACAAUAUAUUUAAUCUUUAAUAAAUAAUUAAAUUAGGAAAUGAGGUUAUUUUUUUUUUUUUAUAUAUUGUGAUAAAGGAAUUCACAUCCAACCAUAUAUGUACACCGAUAGGAGAGCCAUGUGUCACAAACUCCAACUGCCAUCCAUUGCAAUGAAAUUCGAGCACGAGUCAACUCAAAAAAACUCACUUGCUUAAACCGCAAGGUCAAGACUCGUAGUAAGAGUAGCAUCACGUGUAUAAACAAUAGAAUGACACGGACUUUAAAGUGAAUUAAAUUUAAAUCAAAGACUCUGUAGAAUGAAAGAGAGUGGAAAAAGGAAAAGGAAAGAAAGAAAUAAAAGAGGGUGAAAGCUGAAAUUGCCUCUUUUUUUGUUUCUUGCCAUAAAAUUAAUCCCAAUUCCCAACUACUACAACUAAUAGAGCCAAAAAAGAAAUAAAAUUAAACAAAAUUGUCAUCCUCUUGGGGCGGAAAUGACAAAAAUACCCCUUUAGAAUUAAAUAAACACGGAAAGGCGUAGAAGUAGAUGCCCUCCCCGUAAAAGAAGAGAAACCCCCCAUAUUAAAAAAGAAAUAAAAAAGAAUCAAAUACCAAGUUUGACUGGGACCCUAAAAAAAUGUGUAACAAAAGACAACAUUUCAUGAAAAAUCUACUCGUCAUUUGUUUGAUUAAAUAUUUAUUUAUUAAUUUAUUAUUAUUAUUAUUUAUUAUUGUUAUUAUUAUUAUCACCUUUUUUUUUUCUUUUUACAUUGCACAAAUUAAAGCUGUACAAAGAGAUGAGGGUUUCUUUCAUUUGGAGUUAUGGAUAUAUACUUAUAUAGUACAGAGGGAGUAUAUAUAGUAUAGUAUAGUAAUAUUAAUGGAGUUCACAAAUUGUCUGUGAUAGCCGACAAACUCUGAACAUCGUACCCAGAAGCCAAGAAAAAACUCAAGAAAACCUUUUUAUCUGUUCUUGGUGGUGGUGGUGGUGGUGGUGGUGGUGUUCGAAUAUCUGCUGCUGUACUUUGUCAUUUCAUACUUGCGUACAUAGUAUAGUAUAGUACUCUCUUUCCUUAACCAAAUUCUCAACUCUACCCAAUCUUAUCGUACCUACCUACUAGAACAUAAACAUAAACACCUGGUCUCUCUCUCUCUCUCUCUCUCUCCUCUUUCUCUCUCUACUAUCUAAGAGGUGCUGUUGAACAAAAGGGAAGAAAGGUUUAGAAAAAAAGGAAGGAGAAGUAUUUAUGCAGAGAAUUGAUGUUAUGCAGCUGAAAACAUUGAACACAAAACCUACAGAAAAAAUAUGAAGAGCAGAGAAAGGAAGAUAUUACCGUUACUGUGGGGGGAGACUGCUUUUCUAACACUGUUCCUCGUACUGGAUUUUUGCUUCGUCGGAAGCUUGUCUGCGGCACCGAGUAUUAAUGGAGGCGGCGGCGGCGAGGCUGGCAGUUUAUUAGCAUUCAAACAGUCAUCAAUUGAAGCUGACCCAAAAGGGUUCUUGCAAAACUGGUCUGCAUCUUCUUCUUCAAAUCCGUGCUCCUUUAAUGGAGUUUCCUGCUCCGACAAUGGCAAAAUCACCAAACUCGACUUAACAAACGCCGCCCUAAAAGGGCGCCUACACAUCUCCGAUCUGACGGCGGGGCUGACCGGCCUCACCACUCUUCUCCUCGGCGGCAAUUUCUUCUCCGGGAAUCUUUCCUUUACUUCCACCGUCAGCUCUUGCAGCCUCGAGUUUCUUGAUUUGUCCGUCAAUGGCUUCUCCGAGCCCCUCGCAGCGGAUUCGCUGCUCGUGUCUUGUAAUAAACUUGCUUACCUGAACCUCUCACACAACUCAAUCCCGAGUUCGACGCCUCUCAAGUUCGGGCCUUCUCUCACUCAACUCGACCUCUCUGCAAACAAGAUUUCCGAUUUAGGCAUAUUGACUUCUCUUCUUCUUUCCGAUUGCCGGAACUUGAACCUGCUUAAUUUCUCGAGCAAUAAACUCGCCGGAAAGCUGGAAAUCUCUCUCUCCUCUUGCGGAAGUCUCUCUGCUCUCGAUCUUUCGAACAACAACUUCACCGGAAAUCUUGCGGGUUUCGAUUUCGGUGUUUGUGGGAAUCUCUCUGUACUUAAUCUCUCCCACAAUGGUUUCUCUGCUACCGGAUUUCCAUCCAGCUUAUCCAACUGCCAAAGCCUCGAAACUCUCGACGUUAGCCACAACGCGAUCCACAUCAAGAUUCCGGGUAUCUUAUUAGGAAAAAUGACGAGUUUGAGGCAAUUGGUUUUGGCACACAACGAAUUCUUCGGCGAGAUUCCAUCAGAGCUGGGAGGAAUUUGUGCGAAACUCGAGGAGCUCGAUCUCUCUGCAAACCAGUUAACCGGUGGUCUUCCUUCAACAUUCGUCUCGUGUUCUUUACUCUAUAGUCUAAAACUCGGUAACAAUCAGCUCACGGGCAAUUUUCUCGACACCGUUGUGAGUUCUCUCACAAGUCUAAAGUAUCUCUCAGCCCCGUUCAACAACAUUACAGGCCCCGUUCCACGUUCGUUGGUCAACUGUACGCACCUCCAGGUUCUUGACCUCUGCUCCAACAUUCUCACCGGAAAUGUACCUUCCGAAUUCUGCACAAGAACAUCAUCGAAUUCGGUUCUUGAAAAGCUUCUGCUGGCUAACAACGAUCUCUCGGGAUGGGUCCCACCAGAGCUUGGCCUGUGCAAGAGCUUGAAAACAAUUGACCUCAGCUUCAACAACCUAAACGGCUCCCUCCCGAAGGAGAUAUGGAACCUUCCGGAGCUUUCCGACGUAGUCAUGUGGGCGAACAACUUGACGGGUGAGAUACCCGAAGGGAUUUGCAUCAACGGUGGCGGAAAUCUCCAGAUGCUGAUUCUCAACAACAAUUUCAUAACAGGGUCAUUACCAAAGUCCAUUGUCAACUGUACGAAUCUAAUUUGGGUUUCGUUGUCCAGCAAUCAUCUCUCUGGCGAAAUCCCUUCGGAUAUCGGUAACCUCGUCAAUCUUGCUAUUCUGCAGUUGGGGAAUAACUCUCUAAGUGGACCAAUUCCACCAGGGAUAGGCAAAUGCAGUAGCCUAAUAUGGCUGGAUUUGAACAGCAACGAGUUCACAGGUUCGGUUCCUACGGAGCUUGCAGCACAGACAGGUCUCAUAGUACCAGGAAUUGUCUCUGGCAAACAAUUCGCCUUUAUCAGAAACGAAGGCGGCACAGAGUGCAGAGGCGCCGGAGGGCUGGUCGAAUUCGAAGGGAUUCGCGCCGAAAGCCUGGCGGAUUUCCCGAUGGUCCAUUCCUGCAAGUCCACCAGGAUUUAUUCCGGUGUGACGGUCUACGCCUUUACUAGCAACGGAAGCAUGAUGUUCCUCGAUCUAUCGUACAAUCACUUGUCCGGUAUAAUCCCCGAAAGCUUGGGGUCAAUGAGUUUUCUACAGGUUCUGAAUUUAGGGCAUAAUAAUAUAAGCGGAGAAAUACCGUAUGCAUUCGGAGGGCUUAAAAGCGUUGGAGUACUCGAUCUUUCGCACAAUAAUCUCCAUGGAUUCAUUCCUGGUUCGCUUGGUGGGCUCUCGUUUCUCAGCGAUCUCGAUGUUUCGAACAACAACCUAUCGGGCCCCAUUCCUUCCGGCGGACAGCUGACGACUUUUCCGGCGGCGAGGUACGAGAACAACACAGGGCUUUGUGGGGUCCCCUUGCCUGCCUGUGGAUCCCGCAAUGGGGGCCGUGGUGCGUCGAGCAUGUCGAACAGAGACGGGAAGAGGCAGAGUAUGGCUGUGGGGAUGGUGAUUGGUAUUAUGGCUUCCACGACGUGUGUGUUGUUGCUCGUUUAUGCUCUGUACAUGGCGAAGAAGAGCCGGAAAACGGAGGAGAAGAGGGAGAAGUACAUCGAGAGCCUUCCGACUUCCGGGAGCAGUAGUUGGAAGCUGUCCAGUGUGGCUGAGCCUCUGAGCAUAAAUGUAGCCACGUUCGAGAAGCCGCUGAGGAAGCUGACGUUCGCGCAUUUACUGGAGGCGACUAAUGGGUUCAGCUCGGACAGUUUGAUCGGCUCCGGCGGGUUUGGUGACGUGUACAAAGCUCAGCUCAAGGACGGCAGCGUGGUGGCUAUAAAGAAGCUGAUUCACGUGACGGGGCAGGGGGACAGAGAAUUCAUGGCGGAGAUGGAGACGAUUGGGAAGAUCAAACACAGAAACCUGGUUCCUCUGUUGGGUUACUGUAGAAUUGGGGAUGAGAGGCUCCUUGUUUAUGAAUACAUGAGAUGGGGGAGCUUGGAGGCGGUUCUUCACGACAAGGAGAAGGAGAAGGAGAGGCUCGAUUGGGGAACACGCAAACGGAUCGCGAUUGGGUCGGCCAGAGGGCUGGCGUUCCUCCACCACAGCUGCAUCCCUCACAUAAUCCACCGGGAUAUGAAAUCGAGCAACGUCCUUCUCGACGAGAAUUUCGAGGCUAGGGUUUCGGAUUUCGGGAUGGCGAGGCUGGUGAACGCGCUCGACACGCACCUGAGCGUGAGCACACUCGCGGGGACGCCGGGGUACGUGCCGCCGGAGUACUACCAGAGCUUCCGGUGCACGGCGAAGGGGGACGUGUACAGCUACGGGGUCGUGCUCCUGGAGCUUCUGUCCGGGAAGAGGCCGAUCGAUACGGCGUCGUUCGGGGACGACAAUAACCUAGUCGGGUGGGCGAAGAUGCUGCAGCGGGAGAAGAGGAGCCAUGAGAUACUGGAUCGGGAUCUGAUAACCAGCCUCUCCGGCGACGCCGAGCUGUACCGGUACCUGAAAAUCGCGUUCGAGUGCCUCGACGACAAGCCGUACCGGCGGCCGACGAUGAUUCAGGUGAUGGCGAAAUUCAAGGAACUCAACGCCGAUUCUGAGAGCGACAUACUCGACGGAAUGUCGGUGAAGAAUUCGGUGAUCGAUGAAUCACACGAAAGGGAAGGCUGAUUCUGGAUUUUUUUGGCACUGUAAAUAAAAAUACGCCGGAGAGAAGAAGCCAAAAUUAUAUGGAAUUUUUCUUUUUUUUUAGGAAAUUUUUGUGAUCUUUGUUUCCUUCCUUGUUCAUGAUUUGCUUCUGCUUUUCUACCUUCAAUUUUUCUUGCCAGACUACUAAAUCAGUUUUUAAUUUU